UCCAGAGAUGGAACAGCGCAGGGCGGACUCGCCUGCCUUUGGAGGCGUUGGUUUCUGUUUCUGUCUAUCUCACGCACUAUCUCCGCCCUCCAGGGAGAGACUUCUCGGUUUACCGAGCACCUUUUUUCACGCACUGCCGUUAAAUCAAAAUUAGGUGUGACGGACCGCGAGAGCGCAAAGGACACAGCGUCAAUUUGGCACCGGAUUCACCCUCUCGUAACGAAUUUUUGGAUUAUGAGGACGUCGUUAUGCCACGCAGGGUGAACUACAGACGCUUUCCAAGAUUGAAUCAGUCGAGCUAGAAACAAGGAGCACGUCAACAAAAAAUGUACAUGAAUCAGAUAUUGUUCAGGUGCUGCUGCACAUCAUCGGGAUUUCGCCUGUAUAUACCCCUGGGAUGUUUAUUUUGAUGCUUCUGUGGUUUUAGUGCGCACAGUGUGCAGUAGGUUUGUGUGAUGCUCAGAGUUGGCAUAGCUCACAGGCAUCACCUUCAAUAUUAUCCUUAUUUCAAUAUCUGUAAUCGGCAUGAUUAAUGUGCAGUGUGCUGCAGUUGUAAUCGUACAGAAUCCGUGCAGUGUCGUUGAUCUCUGUAGAGUGUUUUAAAUGUAAAUGUAAAUGAUAAGUGAUGAACUAAUUGGCUCUGUGGAUCGUUAGACCAAAAGCACAAACAGGAGUUCGUAUUAUUGCCAGAUAAUAAAGCGACGCAGCGGCUGUUUGAAGUCACAUGUGCCCAGAACAAACAAUUAAGAUGACAAAACCUGUCCUCAGGAGAGAUUCUCUUUAUUACAGAAGAAGCUGCAUUGGGAUCACAUCUCAGUUCCUGGAUUGCAAUAGAGUUGGAGGACAGGGAGCAGAGGAAGAAGAGAGGGAGGAUAAGCAGAGGAGAGCUGCUGAGCUGCACAACAGAGCCACUGCUGAUGGACAAGCUUUGGCUUCAGUGAUGGACUGAACUGAAGGCAGUGGGAUCCCUGUGACAGCCAGCUUCACGUUUUCCUCAGAAGCCUUCACACCUGACAAAGGCAUGUAUGGACACACUGCAGCAUAGGUGAGAAACAAGAGCUGCCCACUUUGAACACACAAAUUGGCCUAAUGAUUGAAAUACAACCACCUCUCAAAGAGGACAACACUGGCCUUUUAUUUGGAAACCGUCUCUCAGGUCUGCACAAACUGAUUCUACCUUUGUCCCAAAAAGCAAGUAAACCUGGGACCUCCGCCCCUUCCCAAGUGCCCUGGAAACCCACGGGAUUUAGUCUGCAACCACAGAUGUAACUAAGCUGUCAAGAUUUCGUCACCAGGAAGUCCUGAGUUUUUGGUGACUGUUGGACCAACAAUGUCAAAAGCUAAAAAGAAAAACAAACUUGUGUCUGUGCCAUAUAGCUGCAUGGACACAUCUUCAAAGACGUGGCUGCCGCAUCAGAGUCAGUUUGGGUUGGUUGGUCAAGCGGAGGUUUGCUGUGGCGGAUCUGGAGUUUUAACCCCAAACCAAUCUCGCAGGGCAAGUUUUGCCUCUGCAAGACAGUCAAGCAUGGAAACCCCUCCCAAUACCACCCCACAGCCCUUCAGACAGCCGAGUUUUCUCAAUCGAAGGUUGAAGGGUUCCAUCAAGAGGGCCAAAAGUCAGCCCAAACUGGACCGUACCAGCAGCUUCAGACAAAUGAUUUUGCCCCGGUUUCGUAGUGCCGACCAAGAGAGGACUCGCUUGAUGCAAAGCUUCAAAGAAUCCCACUCCCAUGAGUCCCUACUUUCUCCUAGCAGUGCUGCGGAGGCUUUGGACCUAGUUUUGGAUGAAGAGGCCAUAAUCAAACCUGUCCACUCUAGCAUUUUAGGACAAGAGUACUGCUUUGAGGUAACCACCAGUUCAGGGACAAAAUGUUUUGCCUGUCGCUCAGCUUCAGAGAGAGACAAGUGGAUUGAGAAUCUGCAACGAGCUGUCAAACCUAACAAGGACAACAGCAGACGGGUGGACAAUGUGCUCAAGUUGUGGAUCAUUGAAGCUCGAGACCUUCCAGCUAAGAAACGCUACUAUUGUGAGCUGUGUCUGGAUGACAUGCUGUACGCACGCACCACCAGCAAACCCCGGACCGACACCGUCUUCUGGGGCGAGCAUUUUGAAUUUAACAAUUUGCCUACCAUUCGUAGCCUUCGCUUGCACCUCUACAAGGAAACGGACAAAAAAAGACGCAAGGAAAAAAGCACAUACCUUGGCCUUGUCAGCAUCCCCAUCUCCAGCAUCACGGGCCGGCAGUUUGUGGAGCAGUGGUACCCGGUGAUACAAUCCAGUGUUUUGGCCAAAAGUGGUGGUGUUGGAAGUGCCAAAGUCAUCAACGCCUCACUGCGUGUUAAGUCUCGCUACCAGACAAUGAACAUCCUCCCCAUGGAGCUGUACAAGGAAUUUGCUGAAUAUAUUACCAACAACUACCGAACACUGUGUGCAGUUCUGGAGCCGCUGUUGAGUGUGAAAAGCAAAGAGGAGGUGGCGUUUGCUCUGGUGCACAUUCUUCAAAGCACAGGGAAGACAAAGGAAUUCCUCUCCGACAUGGCGAUGUGUGAGGUGGAUCGAUUCAUGGACCGUGAGCACUUGAUCUUUCGGGAGAAUACGCUCGCUACUAAGGCUGUGGAAGAGUACCUCAAACUGAUAGGUCACAGAUACCUCAAGGAUGCUAUAGGUGACUUCAUUCGAGCCUUAUAUGAGUCUGAGGAGAACUGUGAGGUGGACCCCAUGCGCGUCCCGCCAUCAGUCCUCGCUGACCACCAAGCCAACCUUCGUAUGUGCUGCGAGCUGUUACUCUGCAAGAUUAUCAACUCUCUCUGCAUAUUUCCACGGGAGCUGAAGGAAGUUUUUGCUUCAUGGAGAGCCAGAUGUGCUGAGCGUGGAAGAGAGGAUCUCGCUGACAGCCUCAUCAGCUCCUCCCUGUUCCUUCGCUUCAUGUGCCCAGCCAUCAUGUCCCCCUCCCUGUUCAACCUAAUGCAGGAGUACCCCGCUGAACGCACGUCCCGCACACUCACACUCAUAGCCAAGGUCAUGCAGAACCUGGCCAGCUUCAGCAAAUUUGGACCCAAGGAGGAAUACAUGUAUUUCAUGAAUGAGUUCCUGGAGAUGGAGUGGGGCUCCAUGCAGCAGUUUCUUUAUGAGAUUUCCAACAUGGACACCGGAGGAAACGCUGGAGGGUUUGAGGGCUACAUUGACCUCGGCAGAGAACUGUCCAUGCUCCAUAGCUUACUGUGGGAAGUCAUGGGCCAGCUUAGCAAGGAUGCUAUUCUCAAACUGGGACCGCUACCACGGCUGCUGAAUGACAUCAGUGUCGCCCUGAGGAACCCGCAGCUUCACAUGCCUACAAAUCACCAGCCAGACCGAUCGAAGGACAGACUCUUCUCGCGACCAUCGUUCAUUCGUCUAAUGUCCUCCGACUUCCAAAGCCUUAUGAUGCGUGACUUAAACAGUUCAAUAGACAUCUCUCGCCUGCCGUCCCCUACGACGGGAGUAUCAGCAGUAGAAUCCCUGUCAUCGAAUCUGAACAUGAGGCGUCAGGCAGAACGAGACCCUCGCUCGUCGAGGGAAGUUUUCUAUGUCACACGUCCGCCGCUGGCUCGAUCCAGCCCCGCAUACUGCACAAGCAGCUCGGACAUUACUGAGCCUGAUCCAAAGGUCCACAGUGUGAAUAAAAGUGUGUCUAUGAUGGACCUUCAGGACUCCCGUAUGAACAGCAUAUCCAACCUGAACUCUGUGGGAGACAUGCUCACCUCCUCUCAAGCCUCCAUCGCCGGCCUCGGCCACAGCUUCGGGAACCUCGGCGGCCCUCUUCGUAUGGGAGGGCAUAUGCCGACGGGCUCAGCAGGCUCUGGUUUGAGGCUGAGCCAGAUGGGCCACAUUGGGGGGCCCACCGAAUCCAUCUCUCAACAGCAACAGCAAGCGGCAGCGGCCAUGCACUACCCUCUGUCUUUCCAGAACCCACUAUUCCAUCUGGCUGCCCAGAACUCCCCAGCUCAGUCUCAGCAGCCUCCCCCUCCUCUCCUCCUCGCCCCUGAGCCUGAGAAUGGCCACCAUGACUAUCAACCCGCCUUUGGCAACAGUGCUUUCUCCCGCAGCGAGGACUUGUCCGCCCUGCGGUCACAAAGCAGUCUGGUGCAGCCCAGCAUUGUCCACUCACACAGUUACAGUGAUGAUUUCACCCGGCAGAAUCAGAGCAACGACUACGCCUGGCACCAGCUGUCGCUGCAGGUGCAGGAGUCUCUCCAGCAGCAGCACCUAAUGGGAGUCACAUCUCAAACAGCCACUGGGACGGGCACCCCCGCCUCUUUGGCUACACCUCCCACUACAGUUCAUCCUAUCCGCCAGUCAUCCAUUGCCCCACCGCAACACCUCAAGUCCCAGAGGUCCAUUAACACUCCAGCUACUGCCACGCCUCCAAAGGUUCGCCCGCAGAGCAGGAACCUCCUCCUCGACUCUUCUGACACAAAUUUCAGUGGUAGUCAGCCAAAACCACGCCAAACUCAGCAGCCGCCACAACAACAACAGCAGCAGCAGCAGCAACAGCAGACACAGCAGCAACAACAGGAGACACAGCUGUCGGUGACAGACAGUCCAGCACCCGGACUCCCGUACCAGACGAGCUCCGCCAAAGACAACCAGGGCCCGCCAGCAGCUGCAGAGGAGUCAACAGACACUCCGACAAAAAGCACCAAGAAGCCUCAACAGUCCCAGCUGCAGCCUCCACAGCAGCAUUUACUCAAGCCAGUUGUCAAUAAACAGGGCUCUCAGUCGACCUUGAGCACCUCGGCCCUCAACGAGCGGACAGUCGCCUGGGUGUCCAACAUGCCACAUCUCUCUGCUGACAUCGAGAGCCUGCGGCCGGACCGUGAGGGUCAGCUGAAAGAGUACUCCAAGAGCAUGGAUGAGUCACGGUUAGAGAGGGUAAGAGAAUACGAAGAAGAGAUACAUUCCUUGAAAGAACGGCUGAAGAUGUCUCAUCGCAAGCUUGAAGAGUAUGAGCAGAGACUUCUGUCGCAGGAACAGCAGACAAACAAGAUCCUGCAGCAGUAUCAGAACCGCCUGGAGGACAGCGAGCGCCGCCUGAAGCAGCAGCAACUGGAGAAGGACUCUCAAAUCAAAGGCAUCAUCAGCAGACUCAUGGCUGUGGAAGAUGAGCUGAGAGGGGGUGCCAUUCCUGAUAUUAAGCCUCGAAUCCUCACAGACCAGUCUAUCAGCCAGGGCUAUGGUGGCCACCCAGGAUCCUGACUGCCAGAUCCAAAGUGACCAGAGUUCAUGAUGGUCAUUCGAGUGUAAGAAGACUGAUUCACAUUCUCUACAAAAACCCCAUGAAAACAAAGCUCUGCAGUGGAUCCGGCAGGACUACUGGAGGCGUCAUCUCACAAAAUUCUUAAAAAAAAAAAACAAAAAAAAAAACUUUGCACAUAUUCAAACUUUGCCUGUACCAGAACUUGACAAUCAGUUUAGCGUGAGGACCAACAUGUGCAGCGAACCUUCUGCACAUGUUGACUGAAAUCUAAGCCAAUGCCACAAUAACGGCAAUACUGAACCUAAUGAGUUUCUUUAUUUAAUCGGAAGACGUGAGAAGAUAUGUGUAAAACACUGAGAAUGAAGAUGGAUUCAUGAUUUCCCUGCUACAAGCAGCACACUCGCUUCUCACGGUAGUGGCUGCAGACAAAAUGUAUAGAAAAGGCUUUUACAAGCACAAUAUCCCCUCAUGGUGACGCCUGUGACGAGCAACAAGCAUGUUGUUAAAUCAUUUGCCAUCUAUGAUCCUCAGAUGCAGGGCCCAAGCAAAGACCUACUGUAUAUUACUAUUUGAUUCUGAUGAAAUCAUUUAGUAAAAUAUUCUCACUGCAAAAAUAUUCUCACUCACAGAGGUGGUUAUCGUUAUGAUUUGAGCAUCUUUUUGCAUCCGUUUUAGUACAGCCAUCCUACCUAAAUAGAUGCCAAACAAGUCCUUCAAUCAACUUACAUUAUUACAACUGCUUUAAACACAUUCUGAAUCCUCUCGUUGGUUACAUUUUCCUUCGGCGGACAGUGUAAAGCUAGAACUACAAUCUCUUGAAUUUCAGUGUAUAGACAAAGUAUUUCUUAGAGCUACUGAAAAUUUUUAAUAAUGAAAAUAUUUUACAAAAAUAAUCUGAGAUUAAAACGUGUUUUGUUCACUUUGUAACAAUAAUAAUAGUGAUAUGUAUAUAUAUAACAUUUCAAAAUAGUGAUACAAAGUGCUUCAUAAACAUUAUAGACAGAGAAAAAUAAUGUGAAAAUGUUACUAAAUAUAGAUGAAAGGGGGCACUCCACCAAUUUUACACAGUAAGGUCGCUCUUCUCGUCAUCGGGAGAACUACUCUGUGGAAAAAGUAGUAAAAUGUCUUCCGUGGCCGUGGACGAGCGUUGUCAAGUCAGGCUUGGGCUUGGAGAUGACAAAAAUGUAGGAAACGAAAGGCUGCGUUAGAAAGUGUGGGUGCAGAGUCUGAAAAACAAGGGCAUUUUCCAAACAGAAAAGGCGAUAGUGGUUGCAUUAUGGGAAACGUAGGACCCAGCAUUUUGGAGCUUGACCCAUGCCUAUUUACAUCUGGUCUUAAUAGGUGAUGUGUAUCUGGAAACAUUAUUUGGAUUCAAUAUCAUGCAAUCCACAGGCCUUUGCAUUUAUACCAGGUGUUAAUAAGUGUCAUCUUUAUCUUGAGUCUGAUCUCAGUCUGCAAAUUAGUGAGGCAGCGCUUAAAGAGGGAAGCAAUGUCAUUGACGGCCGUCAGUCAUUUCUAAAUCACUUCUUGCGGGCGAAGACUUCCCAGCUGCUACCUCCGCGUCUAUCUUUUGCUAAGCUUGCUUAAGAUAUCAGGAAGAGCAAUGCGAGCCAGGACACCUCCAGAUGUGGUUUGGCUGAUCGAAUUGAUCUUGCUCUCUCCUGGGGGUGGAAAAAAUUGUGGUAACCUGAAAAGUGAUAAAAUCAAGGCCUUUCGACUCUCAGCCCUUCACGCCUGGUGUUUUCUUUUUUUCAUGAUAAUUUUGUUGCAGAGCACUUUGUAACAUUGAUUUGAAAAGUGCUAUAUGGAUACAUUUUAAUAACUAUGAUUAUAAACAUGAUGUGCAACUGGAAACAAAUCAUAUUAUCGCGAGUAGUGAAUUACUCAUCUGUUGUGUUUAAUGUUUCUGAAGCAUAGAUGUGCAACAGUUCUGCAUGUGCUUUUUAAAUGCGAGGACGAGUAAGUCGGUUUGCUGUCAGAUAUUAUUCUAAUGUACAAAAAAAACUUUGACAUGGCUUUCUUAUCGGAAGGCAUCUUUUUUUAUCCAACCUGCUGACUCUUCCGUUUUUUCAGAAGAGGGUGGCAUUCGGCCUUUUGCAUUAUACAACAUGAAAGUUCUGAGAGGAUCGGACACAAAUCGCAGACGAACACAAAGAGGAGAGACGGUGAGAACAACAGAACAAUAAAGAGUUUCCACGCAGGGAUAUGUAGUAUAUGUGCAUAGGAUUUGACUGCCUUACAGUCUGUGCCACAGGGCCCAAAAUAACAAUGCCAAUACAAAAGAACUUGUAAACUUUGUAUAUUAAAUGUCCUUUUUUUUGUAGUCAGGUGAUGAAUUAAUAAGCAGUGUGUUGGUGAACUCUGAAUCAUUUAUAUUAUGAAUUUCAUGGUUGAUAUAAUUUAUCUUAACCUCUUGCCUUUAAAAAGACAUUUUCUUUCAAGAUAAAUAUCAAUGAUACAAAAUUAUAUGUUUAUGUUACCAGAAAUGUAUAAAAUAGCUUAAUGUAUAUCUAUUCUUAUAUGUAAAAUGUAUUCAAAUCAAGGGUAGGCCUUCAGGCAUGCUGAACGUGUGGUAAACACUGAUUCUUAUAUAUUAUAACUCUUAAUGCUGCAAUCCAGAAACUAUAGUGCUAUGAUAUGACUGUGUUCAUGGGAUGAGAGCUGAAUAAUUUCCCAGCAUAGCACACUUCUGUUAAAGAUGAAAUAAUACGACAAAUUCUUAAAAUAUCUCGCCUAUAUUGUGUAACCAAAAUAGCAGUGGUGCUUUCAAGAAUACUGGAUUGCGGUUUUAAGUAAUCUUCUUUUGAAAUAUGCGUUUGUUUAUUUGGCCUGCAUUGCAAUACAGUAUUUUGAAACGUUAAAAUGCACAUCUGUUUUCAUUUAACGUGAAGCUGCAAUCCAUGAAUUGAGAAAAAUGAUUUUAAAGACAUUAAAUAUAUAUAUGUUAUGCCCAUUUAUUAUUGAAACUUUCUCUGUAUUAGCUGCAGUGGUACAGUGUGCUACCUCUGAAAUUGUGCCCUCUCACCUCCCUUUCUCUGCUGGAAUUAGGGAUCCUUAUUCUGCUUUAUACCACAUCCUGAGAGGAUACUUUAUUCCAUUUGGCAAGAAAAACUUAUUUAUUUAAGAGACAAUGCUAAGAAAAAGUUAUAAUUUUGUCCAUAACCUGAUGCAAAAUCAGGUUUGAGUUUUGGUUGCUUGUUCAUUGCUGUUUUAAGAUUUCCUAUAUAAACCUUUUGCCAUCACAGGGCCAUUUCUAAAGUUUGUCCUGUUUAUUAUUGUAUUUAAGUGCCAUUACCAUUACAUUCAUACAAUUCUCCUUUUAAUUAUGGGAUGAGAUUGAUUGUGUUCCAGGUAUUCGUCAGACUCUCAGGUGUUAGAAGGAACACAGAGACAUCUUUUAAUAUCUUUGAUGCCAAAACAUUGAAACACAAUCUUUGGCAAAUGUUAAGCUGGAUAAAUUUCAAAGAAGCACAUGAAAUGAGGGGUCUAUGCUAAGGCAACUACUGUGCUUUCAUUUCGGUUGGUUCGUGAUCCUCAUCUCAUCUUAUAAAUAGUUUAAUUUACACCUUUUUGUUUUGUAUUAUUUGUGGCAUAAAAAAAGGAACAAGAGUUUUGUUUCUUGGUCCAAAUGGAAAAUGUGACAAAUGUUCCACUGUAAUAAAACUUGGUAAGAAAUAUUAUUGAAGUUACUAUUGCAGAGGUGCUGUACGUUUACAGAAUCAUGACAUUUUAGCGGAUGUAUGAACCUUUAUUGACCCGACAGAAAAGAGUAACUGCCGCUUUGCUGCAGCUAAAGCAGGACCUAAUAAAUGAAAUGAGAUAUCUUGUAUAUUUUGAAAAAGGGUAUAUAACAUCAAUCAACAUAUUUAUGUUUCUAAAAUGGAUGUAUAGCAUUUAGGAAUGAAACAAAGUAUUUUUCUUGGCAGCUAUUAUUCUGCACAAUUGAUCUACUGUGUCACAAAUAUAUAGUUGGCGGGCUUCUGACUUGAAUUAGGCCUACUGGAUGUAAUACCUUAAUUUACUUGACAUUUCUUUUGAAAUAAGCCAUGCCCCAUGGAUAAGCCAUACCCUCCAGUUCCCCCUGAUGUUGUAUGGUGGAUGUUUAAUGUUGGUAGUUUUAUUUACAAUGGUAGUUAUUGUAGGUAUGAUUGCGCUUGUAAUGAUUAUUAUUAGUGUAAGUAUACUUGAUUGAUAUGAUUUGUUUUGUUUGAACAAAGGGAAUGUAUUCAUUUUUCAGGUGAUUUUUCCGAGUGAUUUAAAUAAAUUAAUAAAUCCCUAA